AUCCUGGAAAAAAACACAGUGAAUUUGUAAAAUCCCUCGAAAUGCUGCGCAUGCAUGAAUGCCUGAAUUAUUUGUCCGCAUUGCUCCCCUGGAUACUUUGUUAUAACCGUCUGGUUGUCGUGGCCAUCCCUUGCCGUGUCCUUGAAAGAUGAAGGUAUUGGGCCGUGAGAAGUAUCUUCCGAAUAUGGGGUCCCCGAGUUUGCCGCAACCUGGCCACCCUCUCAUCAUCCUCCAAGACACCAUCUUCUCCUUCUGCUUAUACCUCUUGAGUCUGGGCUAUUGUCUCUUCUCACCAUAGAAUCAUCUGAACUGAACUUGUACGAAAAUAAACACAUCAAGUUUACGCCAUGUCCUCCGAAAGUUGGCCUCCACAGUUAAAGGAAUGGGUGGCACGUUGUUUAGGACAGAUGACUGAUGCCAAUCGAGAGGAAGCACAAGCUGAGCUCAGACAGGUAAUAGCUGAUUCGUUUGUUAAUAAGACUCUCUGGACUACCGACUGGGCCGGCGUGCAACUCCAAAGUCUACUCCCGAAGCCUGGAUACACCGGAAGCCCUCUGAAUAACCUCAAACGGAAACAUAACGAGAACAUCGCGAAUGUGGCAAGUAAGAAGACCAAGAAGACUGCGAUAGGGAAAAACGUAGGCUACAAUGCCCUAGACCCAACCGAUGAAGCCGCCUUACAUCGUCGAGCCGCGCGAUUCCAACGUGAACACGAGAUUGAACGACAAAAGACCGGGUCUCCUUCGAAUUAUGCUCAAACACGCCGUCAGCUUGCUCACCUCUCUUUAUCUCGGGCCAAUACCCCAUCCUUUGGUGAUGAGCCAGAAGCAGAUCCGAAUGUCCCCAACUGGGACCGACAUACCAUUGUUGGAACUUCUCAAGAGAUCUUCAAAGACUACCUCCGUUUGACUUCAGAACCUAAACCAGAACAAAUACGGCCAUACCCAGUCCUCCAACGCACACUCGAAGAACUCAAGAAACGUUGGCGAGAAAAAGCAAACUAUAACUGGAUAUGCAGUCAGUUCAAGAGUCUACGACAAGACCUUACCGUGCAACGCAUAAAAAACGAGUUUACGGUGAACGUGUAUGAGAUUCAUGCACGUAUGGCUCUCGAGACUGGUGACAUGGUGGAGUACAACCAAUGUCAAGCGAUGCUGCGGAAUCUCUAUGAUCUCGGUAUCAGAGGCAAGAUGGCGGAGUUCACAGCAUACCGCAUCCUCAUGCUCUUGCACGGUCGCAACCGAAGCGAUUUGAACUUAUACGUAGGUCAACUAACACCCGAACUAAAAUCUAAUGCCUCUGUCAAGCAUGCCCUCGCCGUCCAAAGGGCGCUUUCCAUGGGCAACUACCAUUCUCUGUUUGACUUGUAUCUGAAUGCGCCGAAUAUGGGAGCGUACAUCAUGGAUCACUUCAUUGAUAGAGAACGUUGUAGAGCUCUCAUCGUCAUGUCCAAAGCAUACCGAGCUCUUCCUCUCAGAUUCAUCCAGAACGAACUCGCGUUUGACUCAGCCGCCGAAACCCGCAAGUUCCUUGCAGACCACAACGCCGCUUUCUUUACAAACCCGAACGCACCUGAUGCCCAGUUGACUUUGGAUUGCAAACAAAUGACGACGCCCCUCACACAGGUCUUUGAAGAGAAGUAUCGCAAGGUGCAGAUCAAGGGUGCGGUAUGAGUUGUCUACUGUCCUUGAUGGUGUUGGUGCUGUGUGGUGGUGUGGUGGUGGUUUUGUGCUCCCGUCAGUGAGGUUUGUUGUGGUUUUCGCCUCCUAUCUCCCCACUGUCGUCCACGUCUUCUUCUUGAUUCCCCCAUCAUUGUGUAUUAAUGUAUAAUUCUAUAUCACAAUAUCUAUGUCUUUUUGUUCCCU